GUGAUAGUUUUGUCAGUUGUUGAGCUUUGCUGUAUGCCUGUAUAAUUGGUGUCCGCCGUCCGGUACUCGGUAGGCAUUUGUUGUUUUGUUGUUUCUGUCUGAACACUCGGAGCGUGCUUGAUGUUUAACUGUUAAAUGCUUAUUGAUAAUUGUCGCCGGUCGUGUGCCCAUUAAAUAAUAAUAAUUAAUCGGAGUACAUCAUUAUCGAGUAGGUAAUAAUUCUCACACGUAACAGUUUUUUUUUUUUGUUGUUGUUCAAGGGUUUCCCAUUGCCUGUGUACUCGGCGAACGUAGGUUAGGUACAUACCUACCUACGUUGUAGAAGACUCGGUGCCAAUUGCCAACUUUACUUGGGAUGACAAUUUAACAUGUCGGUUACGUGAAAAAAUGUGGAUUGUUGACAGUGAUAACUGUUGGGUAUUGGCUGUAUAAUUGUGCUGUCACUGUUGAUGUCGGAUGUAAAGAACAAGUGGAUUACACCAUGACCGGUUUCACCGAAGGAAGUCUGAACAGUCGACUGAAAGAACUGAACUCUUCUCAGCAGAGUAUUCAGACACUAUCCCUUUGGUUAAUUCACCAUAGGAAGUAUGCACACACUGUCGUCAAGAUUUGGUCUAAAGAAAUAUUGGCAGGCUUAGAAUCCAAACAAUUGACGUUAAUGUACCUUGCUAACGAUAUUAUUCAGAAUAGCAAAAAAAAAGGUCCUGAAUAUGGGCAAGAGUUUGGCAAAGAACUGGCCAAAGCAUUUAAGCAAAUAUCUCUGAAGAACUGUUCCUCUAAAACCAGACAGAGUUUGACACGAUUGUUGAAUAUAUGGGAAGAAAGAGGUGUUUAUAGUAAAGUCCAAAUAGAUGAAUUCAAGGAUGCUUUUGGUAAAGAAUCAGCAAAGAAGCCUACAGAUGAACCACCUGUUAAAAAAGUAAAACAUUCUCAUAAUCACAAAUCAAAAAAGACAAAAUUUCAAAACAAUGGCAUAAAAAAAGAUAAAGAAGUUAUUGUUGAAGUGGAUGGUACCAAAGAAUUACAUGUAACAUUAUCUCCCAAGACUCCUGUCAAUGAUCCUCCUGAACCAGAAGAAUUAAUUAAAGCUCUAAAUGAUUUAGAGAAUGCUCCUUCGUGUGAUGCGGUUGUACGAGAACGUAUUUCUAAACUUCCUCCAGAAAUUGCUGAUGUCAGUUUACUUUCUCAGAUAAAAGGUAAAGACGAAGGUGAAGAACUUUUGCGUAAAGUAAAUGAUGCUGUUGCAUUGUUAACCGAUUAUAACACUAGACUGGUGUGUGAAAUGGAAGACCGCAAGAAGGUCUUUUCUAUGUUGCACGAUUUCAUUCAAUCUCAAAGAGACCUCAUUGAUCAAGCUGAACAAAGAUUACAGGAAUAUCAGGGAAAACUUCAGAAAGUUUGCCAAGUGCGACAAGAGGUCAACACACACCUACAAAAUCUACCGGAUUUAGCACAAUUGCCCAGCGUUAAAGGCGGCCUUGCACCUCUUCCGUCGGCGGGCGAUUUGUUCACAGUGGGUUGAUGACUAUAUUGGCUAUUGGCUCCGGCUAUAACAGCUGGUCGCUAUUGCUCUGGUCGAGUAUGUCGAAAAUUGCAUACGCUCUUCCUAAGUGUAUUGAGUAACAAUAAAAUGUGUUUGAAUUUUUAAACUUAAACCCUGGUUAUAAUGUGUAUUAGUUAAAUUUGUAUUAUGCAAAAAUAAUAUGGCAUUUGAUAAUAGUU